CUCGCACGAGGUGCGGUUGCGAGGUGCAGUUGGGACAACUUGACGGCUCAAUUCCGAAGGUGGAAGACACUAUUAUUAUUAUUACACCCAUUUUUUUCUCUAUUUAUCUAUCUCUAUCUAGUGUAAUUUAAACUUGCGAGACAUAUCUAUGUUCCCUCGCUUCGUCAUACGCGCGUGUCGCGCGAGGACAAAGGAAACCGAUAAUGUCGAAAUAACUUUUAAUAUCCGAGAACGGAAAAGUUUUGUCCUCUCGUAUCUCCGUGCCCGGUCGAUGAACGACGUGUCCCCGAGGUCGCGCGGUGUAAACAAGGUGCAGUACACGUAAGACGACGUAUUCGCGCGCGGCUGGCACCCUGGCACCGACAGGCAGCGCGCGUCGCGCGAGCGUUUAUUAUUAUGGCGAUCGAGGCACGCUUUUAGCGCGAACAGCUGACUUAGCGAAUGUCCUUUUCCCGUGCGGCGUGUCGUAACGCGUGUAUACACGCGAGCGCAACGGUUUCUCGUUCCGUCCUGCGUCGCCGGAGAUUCCGCGGCCCGUUUUUGUUGACACACACGUCGGUCUUGCCGCCGGGAAGAUGCGUAUUGACGUGUCCUAAUGACGUAAUUGGUCGAAGAGGACGGAAUUCUCGCGAAUGUCCACGUAUGUGCGUGUCGAGUGUGAUCAAUCGCGCGUGUGCCUCGUAUACCGCGUGCCCGUGAGGGCGAUGAGCGCGUUAAGGUCACCGGUGUUGUAGGUUUGUAAUGAGGCCCCGCGUUUGAAUUCGAGCGUUUGCACGAGCCAUGAAGUCCAACGGAGUUGUCGUCGUGUUCCUGCUAUUCCUCGCCUGGUUUUCUCACCUGAGCGCUGCGGAGAACGGCUCGAAGAAGCGCGGCGAUAUCACGCAGAAGUCGAACACUAACGAGGAGACGGAGGAGGAGGUCGCCGCCGAGGAUAUCGAGAAUGCCUUCGAACAGCUGCGCGAGCUGAGUGCUCUGCGCGACACGAUAUUAAAGCUCGUGCCAGCGUCCGAUCCGGUCUACGAGAAAAUCAGCAAGCAGACUGGCAGGAAGGAUGAAGAGGAGAGCAAGACGGAGGCUGCUGGCAAAGAGACUCUGGAAAAUCCAGGAACGAGAAAUGUAUGGAUGAAGACUAUGAUUGCUCAAACAAAGGACACAGACUCCUUGGUAUUAAAUGAGAAGCCAUUGGAUGAAGAAGCUAUGGAAUCCUGGGAAGCGCAAGAGCUCUAUGAAUCGCUUGAGGAAGAGGUCCAAGAGCCGUUGUCAAUGGAACAGCAAGCAGCUGAGCAAUUGUACAAGAAAGCAGAAAGUAUCAUAAAUGCAAUGCGCGCUAACAAGCAAGAGGGUUAUAGACUGCUUAUCGAAGCAGCAAAGUUAGGCCAUCGAGAAGCGAGAUCUCUGUUGGCAUGGGCGAGAUUACUCGGAACUCCUUUAGCUCCUAUUUCUCCACGAGUCGCAAUUGAUGACAUAGUUAAUAUAUUUAAAGUUUUCAAGGAACUUGCAGAUACCGGACUUCCAUCUGCUCAUAUGGGAAUGGGAUUUCUAUAUGCGACUGGUAUUGGUGGCGUUAAUGCAUCUCAAGGAAGAGCUCUACUGCAUUAUACAAUAGCUGCCCUUGGUGGUGAUGUUCGUGCACAAAUGGUAAUGGGAUAUCGUCAUUGGGCAGGUGUAACAACACCUGCAUCUUGCGAACGUGCUUUAGAUUUCUAUCGAAAAGUGGCGAAGAAGGUCGCAGAAGAGGUGUCGUUGAGUGGUGGCCCAGUAGUUCAACGUGUUCGAUUGUUGGAUGAACAUGAGAAUCCAGGAUAUACCUCGGGAAUCUUUGAUCAAGAUUUGAUAGAGUACUAUCAAUUGUUAGCCAAAAAGGGUGAUACUCAAGCACAAGUUGGACUUGGACAGCUUCAUUAUCAAGGUGGUCGAGGAGUUCCUUUGGAUCACGAAAGAGCUGUGCAGUAUUUUCAACACGCUGCUGAUGCUGGCAAUCCAGUAGCUAUGGCUUUCCUUGGAAAAAUUUAUUUGGAAGGAAGUGAAAUUGUCAAACAAGAUAAUGAAACAGCAUAUAAAUAUUUUAAGAAAGCUGCGGAAUUGGGUAAUCCUGUAGGUCAGAGUGGAUUGGGUCUGAUGUACUUAUAUGGAAUGGGAGUAGAAAGAAAUACUGCUAAGGCAUUGCAAUAUUUUAGUCAAGCUGCGGAACAAGGCUGGGUUGACGGACAAUUACAAUUAGGCAAUAUGUAUUUCAGUGGCAUCGGAGUUAGACGAGAUUAUAAAAUGGCAAACAAGUAUUUCAGUUUAGCCAGUCAAUCCGGUCAUGUGCUUGCAUAUUAUAAUCUCGCACAGAUGCAUGCCACUGGCACUGGAAUGAUGAGAAGUUGUCCGACAGCCGUAGAGUUAAUGAAAAACGUUGCCGAAAGAGGAAAAUGGAGCGAUCAAUUGAUGGUAGCGCAUGCUGAUUACAGAGAAGGCAGAGUGAACGAAGCAUUCCUCAAUUAUGCCCUGUUUUCCGAAAUGGGUUACGAAGUUGCGCAAAGUAAUGCAGCGUUUAUUCUAGAUAGAGGAGAAACCGAUAUUUUAUCGGAGGAAGAAGGUUUAGUUAGAGCUCUGGCACUGUGGGCGCGAGCUGCUGCGCAAGGAUAUUCCGCGGCGCAGGUAAAACUCGGGGAUGCACAUUACUAUGGUAGAGGAACAAAAGUUGAUUACGAGGCCGCUGCGGGUCAUUACCGUUCGGCAUCGGAGCAGCAACACAACGCUCAAGCCAUGUUCAAUUUAGGAUAUAUGCAUGAACGUGGUCUAGGUUUAGCGAAAGAUCGGCAUUUAGCCAAGCGAUGCUAUGAUUUAGCCGCGGAUGCUAGUCCCGACGCGCGAAUACCCGUAGCAUUAGCUUUGAUCAAACUUUCUUUUCUCUUUGGCUUUGAUUACCUGCAAGAAUUCAGUUUGGUCGAUCAAUUGGACAAAUGGGAUCAAUUGCUCGGACAGAACUGGGAUCUAUAUCUUAUCGGAUUUCUUACAGGAAUGCUUAGUCUUAUUAUAUACUUCCGCAGACCGCAGCCACCUCCCCCACCGAGACCUCCUGUUAACUAAAUUUUGUACGUUCAUUCAUUUUAUCUCGUAUACAUAUAUGAAUAUACAUAGAUUUUUCUAGAUAUAAGCUUGGAAAGAAUUUUAUAAGAGAUUCGUAUAUUGGGACAUCAUUUUUGAUAACAUCCUUUCGAUGAUGCAAACUAAAUAACCUCGAAUCGAUAUUAACGCGAUAUUUGAAUGCGUUAAAUGUAUAUAUCAUAGUAAUUUUAACAGAUUACUUCUAAAUUUGUUAAGAGUUAUAAGAGUAUUCCACUACUAUAAUUGAUAAUUUUUAUUUAAAUUACUUUUAUUGUCUUAUGCUUAAUAUAUGGAUUCUGAGCUUAGUUCCUAGUUUAUAAAGUUCCAUUAUUAAGCUCAAUGUAUGUUACGUUAGUAGAGAUAUUGACCAUAAGGUGAACAAGUUUAUUAUAAAAAAUUUUAAUAUUCUUUCUUUGUGCAACACAACAACACACAAUAAUAACAAAUUUAUGUUCAAUUUAAAUUCAUGUUUAAGUUUGCAAUCGUUUAUAUCAUGCUAUUUUCGCAGCGAUAUUAUUUCACAAUGGUUUUGUAUAAUUAUUAAAUCAUGUAUAUGUAAUUUUUUUCAGUGACACAUUUGUAAUUACCUUAGCUUACACAUGAUAUAUAUUAAACUAUUACAAAACAUUGCUGUAAUAUAAAAUAUGAAUUAAAAGGUUGUUGAUUAUUUAUCUAAUAAAAUUGUUUUAUUGCCAAAGAAUAUUACAAUCUUCAAACGCAUGAUAUCGCAGUGGCUGUGUAAAAUGAUUGUAACUGUGCAAAUAGAUUGGACUGUACAUACAUCAAAGCUAAGUGAAAUGAAAAUGUAGAAGCGUAUCAUUGGUACAUAAUGUAUAUGCCAAGUAUAAUAUUUCUUAGAAUCCAGACACAACAAAAGAAAUAAGGAAUAAGAAAUUAAAAAUAGAAAAUUAGAAAUAAAGAAAUUAGAAAUAAAUUUCGAUAUAGGAAUUCAUGCUUUGAUACACAAAGAGAGUACCAAGAUGUUCUUUUAUCGGUCAAAAAUAAUUUUCUGUUUUUUCUUUCUUUAAGAUUUAAUUCCUUAUAUUCUCAUUCAUUGUGUCUGAACUUUUAUUUUUACAUUCUUAUUUUAUGACUUAUUUUAUUAGAUUAUAUACAGGACAUAUUAGGAUUUAUUGAUAUAAUAUACAUUGCUACAUAUAUUACUAUACGAACGAAUAUAAAAUCGGGAUACAAAUUUAUUGCUUCAUUCCAUCACACCAUUGUAAGUAAAAAAGACGCAAUUGAUAUUUAAGACGUAAUUGAUAUUUAAAGCAUCGGUUUGAAAUAUCCUGUAUAUAAAUAUAUGUCAUAUGAUUAUGUUUCGCGCGUUAUAAUCUUCUAUUAUGUAAUAAUAUCUUCUAUUAUGUUGUGUAAGAAUUAUGUUAUUUCAAUUGAUAUUUUAUAUUAAU